GCAGAGCCUAGGUACAAAGGAAGUGGUCUAGGCCCUUCCCUGGGGCACACUCCGGAUCACUGCAGGAAGCCUGGCCCUGUCUGUGUGCGCGCAUAUUGCACUGAUGUGACCCGUUUGUCUGGAUGUCUGCCCAUGGCUCACACCUCUCAGGAGAAGUUUCUGGAGACUCAGCAUGUGAGGAGCCAGAGAACCAGCAGCUGAAGCCUUCUCCAUGGAGCCUUAGGAGAGAACCAGAGGAGCCCAGCUCACCACCCUGUCCCAGCCCGUCUGCCUUGUGAAGAGAAGAACGUGGCCAAUGUUGGGUAACAGCAGCAGCGCCAAUUGCACUCUGUCCAGCCCACCUCUUCUGGGGGAGAUCUGCAAGCUCUUCGUCAUGGUCCUGCUGAUCAUUGCCAUCAUCCUGGGCAAUGUGGUGAGCCUCCUGGUCUUCCUGCAAGCCAGGCAGUUCAGGACCUCUCAGGGCUACCUGAAAGUCUCCUUGGCCCUGGCCGACCUGGCUGUGGGGCUCAUUGUGGUGCCCUACUCCGUAUACAGGGAGGCGAGCAGUCUAGCCUCUGGCAUGGGGCAGGGGAGCAGCAGUUGCUCUAUCCCGUCCUUGCCCUGCUUCGUCACUGGUCCCAUCUUCGCUGGCUGCACCUUCGUCUCCAUCACGACCAUCUUCCUGCUGUCGGUGGAGAGGAGCGUGGCGGUGCUGAAGCCCCUGCACAAGAGGGCGGUGAUCACCAAGCGGCGGACGGUCUGGCUCAUCCUGUUCUCGUGGUCCAUGAGCUUCUUGCUGGCAGUGGUGCCAAUGAUCUCUAGCCCAGACAUCACCUUGCAGUAUAACCCCUGCAGCAAGAUGUGCACCUACGCCUUCCCAGCAGGCAGGCUGCCCGGCUCCCCCUGGAACAUCAUGCUGCUCUUCCCAGCCUUCGACUUCUCCUUGCUGGGGGGCACCUUUGUCAUCAACUUCAUCACCUUCACCGCCAUCCGCCAAUACUGCAAGGCCCGCAGGUGGCUGGGCAGUGAGGCACAGCACAACAGCCGCCUCUCCUUCUCCGACAUCACUGCGGCGAAGACCAUUGGCAUCCUGACCUUUGCCUUCUCGGCCUCCUUCAGCCCUAUCGCCGUCUUCGUGGUGGGCUCUGUGCUGGGCUACCAGUGGUGUCAGUUCUCCUUCUACGCCUUCUGGAUUCUGACCUCCAACAGCUGCUGGAACGUGGCCAUCUACAGCGCCUGGGACCCCAAGUUCCGGCAAGGAGUCAGGGAGCUGUUCAGCAGGCCGGUGCUGAACUCUGCCUCCCAGCGCCCCAGCCGCUCCACAGAAGGGGACAGCUCUGCUCCAGCCUGUGUGGCUGUCCUUAAGGAGAUGUUUCACCCAGAGAACGCCUGAUGUGAGCUCUAUGCACAACACUUUGCCAGGAAGGCCCCUGUGUUCCUAUCAUCCAGGCGCCUGCAGCCACAGGAAUUCAGUGCAAUCUGGGUUUGUGCCAGUAGCUCAGCUCUGCCCUACCACCUAGGGCUGAUGGGGAAGCCUUUAUUAGGGUACUUAUUUUUGCAGAGUGUUAUCAUGAGCUGGGAUCUUGGGGAAAGCCAUAUUUUUCAGCGCUGUUAUGUGUGUAUGGAUAACUCGGUAACCGUUUAACUCUUGCAGUGUGGGGUUUUCUACCCCAGGGAUUGAAAUUGCAGGAGUAUGUGGCUAAAACAUAAACAAGGAAGGGGAAAAAUAUGAUUUCAGACUAUUCGUGACUGCACUGAUCUUCCAGAAAUGAAUGGAAAUAUGUUUCUGCUCUGUGCUGAGCAACAGG